UAAGUAAAGGUAUAAGUUAACUAUGUAAUAAAGUUAAUAACCAGCUGGUGUAGAUCAGUAAUCAUAAUGGACACGUUUGUAAUUGUUGAGAAACUAACACAAGGUCUAACAGUAAUUGCGUUAGCUAGUGGCAUACCACCAUGUAUCCAUAUGAUAAAGACUGGUAUCACUAAAAAUGUUCCUUUUAUUUUUUUUUUUCUUGGAAUGAUGAAUGGUGUGGUGGGAACAAUUUAUGGUUUAAUGAUAUCUAAUGCUACCUUACUAUACAUCAACCUUUUAGCCAUGAUCAUGAGUGCUGUAGGUGUAGUCUCAUACAUUGCCAUGACUAAAUCCAAGAGUAAACCAUUGCUACAGGUGUUAUUUGGAUCAACAUUUUUAUUAGUAAAUCACUGGUAUUGUGUUCGUAUUGUGGUACAUGAAGAACAAGUUACAGAACAGUAUGGACUGAUGAUGUUCUUCAUCAGUUUGGUACUCUUAGCAUCUCCUGCUUUGGAAGUGAUUGAAUGUAUGAAAGAUAAAAGUGCAGAAGGAAUGUCUGUAGCUAUGAUUGUUGGAAACCUCAGUUGUUCUUUUGCCUGGUUGUUUUAUGGAAUUUUACUCAAAGAUUUCUUUGUCUAUGCACCAAAUAUAGUUGGAGUAGCUACAAACCUUGGAAAAGCUGUUGUAAAGGUCAUAUAUGGUGGAAAGAAAGAUAAAACAGCUUGACUGUACAGAAAUAUUAUUUGCUAUCAACAAUAACUGUUAUAGAAAUCAUAAGGGGUAAUGCUUCUAUAAUGGAAAUCUAAUAUAACAUUUACUCAUUGGAAUAUAUUUUAAGUUUGUUUUAUAUAAAUAAAUACAUGUUAAUCAAGUAAAAAUAACUAUUAGUAACAUGGCAAUUUGACAUAUCUUUUUUCUAUAUUUUACAACAAGUUAUUUUUUAUAUGCAUAUUUUUGCCUGGGGCAUCACUGAAGAGACAUUAAUUGGUGAAAUGCAUAUCUGGUGCAGUAAAAUUUAUAUAAUAAAUGUUUUUAUCCCACUUGAUGCAGUGGAAGAAUCAGAAUUACUGGUAUAUUUAUCCAAUGUUUGGUUAUUAUAUACAUGUGUAUGUAUUUGAUACUUAAUAUUGUCCAAUCAGUAACACAAUUAACCAAUGCUGAGUUAGUUCAUUUAUUUUAGGGUACUUAAUUUUGUUUACUGAAUAGAUUACUCAUUAUUAAGCCGGUAAACCAAUUCAGUCUUUAACUGUAUGGACUGGAAAUUAAUCCCUUCAACAAUGAAGACGUACAUACAAGAUAUGCAGUGUCAGAGCUAAUGCUAAGUUAUUUUGAAAUAUCAUUGUGAAGGUGGAGGUAUGAUAAGAACCAUUAUUUUGCCCUGGAAUUGCAAAACUAGUAAUUUGUUUUCAAGUGUAUUACUGUGACUUGACAGUAAGUGUUGCACUACACCUAUUGCAGUUCAUUCCAUAUUCAAUUUGUUUUACCAAAUUAAACUGUUCAACUGGUCACAAAUUUUUACAAUUCCAAAACUUUUUUUUUCAUCUUUAAUUCCACUAAAUUGCUAUUAUGAAAAUUCUACUUAGGGGUGUUAACCAACCUUGACAACCUAUGUGGGUCACUUGCAAGGGGUCAUGAAAUUGAAUUUGAAAAUUUCUAUACCGGUAUAUAUUGUUAUUGUAGUCUUUUGAAAAAGGUGAUAGGUAGUAAUUUUUGAAUUACCAAAAAAAGUGUCCAAAUACAAGUUCUUGAAUUAUUUCUUCUGAAUUGGUAUUUUUCUGUGCAUGCUACUUGGCUUUCUGUAAAUGAAUAUCUAAAAUACUUGGCAAAAUAUACUUUAAACUUAAGUAUGUUCUCUUGAAGAUUCAAAAGGAGAUAAGAUAAAUAUUUCAAAAGAUCAAUAAUUUUAGAUUAUCUCCCAUGGAUGACUCUACAAUAAUAUGAAUGUAUAGAAAUUUUCAUUUUAGUUUUAUAAUAGCAAUUUAGCGGAAUUAAAGUUGUAUAGGAUUGUAAGAAUGCUUAUUUUAUUGCCUUGCACUUUGUUAACUUGACUGUGAUUUUCUACAGCAAUUGGAUAACAUUUCUGUCCAGUUUAACAGUUUGGGUUCAUAAAACAAAUUGCAAAGGGUCAAAAUUUUGAAUGAACUGCAAUAGGUGGAGAGCAACACUUACAGUCAAGUCCCAGUAAUGUCAUUGGUUAAUAAUAGGAUGAUAGAUCAGGUGAUUUUAGUGCAGAUAUGUUACUUGUAUGUGAUGUCAUCAACUUCAGGAAAUUGAUUGUAUGAUUGAUUGAUUGUUGGGUGUUUAACACCACUUUCAGCACUGUUGGCUAUUUCAUGGGGCCAGUUUUUAUAGGUGGAGGAAGCUGUAGUACUAAAUACUAAUGAAAAUAUCUCGAGGAUAUUUUGGAUUUUUUACUUGCAAUUUUGCAUUUAAAUGCAGGGAGUUGAUGCCCUGAAGAUAAAAUGAAAACAAAAUUCAAAAAUAUAAAUACUGAUAUCUGACAGAUAAAUGUCUUAUAAACAUCUUAAGGAUUUAAUUUGAUGGCUUUAGAAUACUUUCAAAUUUUCAAAUCCAAGGGGCCCAAAAGGUGGUCUUAUUAUACCUUCUGCUUUGAAUGUGUAAAGAGAACAUGUACAUAAUUAUUAUAAUACACAGCUGCUUUUUUAAAUCCCUAAUUUGAUCUUUUCAGUAAGGUAAUUUAUUCAAAAAACACCAGUGCCUUUAACCAUGCCUCACAUCCAGGUUUGUGAUUUUGGUUUCAGCAAUAUUUCAGACCAAAAACUUUUUUUUUUUACUUAACAGGUUGUAGUGUAAGAAAUAAAUAUAUUUAUUUACUUGUGUUUUUUAAAUGCAUUUAUUUACAGUGAUACUUUUAAAUGUUUUUUUGCCUAUAAAAGAAUUUAUCUUUAUAAAAUAGUCUAGUCACAAAUUGUAUAGUUUAGCCAUUUUGUUCUACUAUUGCUAAAUAAAUAAAGGUAUUAUUUAAGACAGAAAUUCAAAUUGCCAGACAUAAAAUGAAGACUGAUUUACUCAGUCAUAGGUGCUAUAACACAUUUUUUUAACCAUAUAUUUUUUAUAAGGACAUUUUGUGUGUCAUCAACAUAUUUUAUGUAAAAACAUAAUGUAAAAUGUUGUUAUCUAAAGGAGAAAUAUAUAAUGGUGCUUUAAUUGUGAUAUUUUUUCCCUUCUAAUAAACUUUUAAUGUAUAAAAUAUACAGUUGUUACAAAAUUUGUUUAUAAUUAAAUUUUACAGUUGCAUUAACAUCACAUGUAUUUUAAUGAUUUUGACUUAGUUAGAAUCAGUAGAUAUUCGGAGACAGUAUAAGAGAAGUUGCUCAUUCACUUUGUUAUAUAUUCUGAAAUUGCAGUUUGUUAUAUUUUUAUGCAUUAAAAAAACUUGUUGCCGAUAAAUUGUGUAUUAAAAAUGGGUACAUGUAGUUGUAUACAAUAUAUUUUUUUACUAAAUAAAAAUUGAAUUAA